AGUGCCUGUCUUGCUGGCGGUACCCGGGCGGGGGGCGCCCUCGUUGGCAGGGCGCAGGCAGAACUACUGCCCGCCUGGGAGGGGGCAGGCGACUAGCCCAGCGGGGUGUCUCGUGCUAGGACCCGUCACCCACCUGCUCCCCGCUGACUGGGUGGGGGUAGCAGCUGCCGCUGGGCCAACCCCCUCCCCUCCUUGCCACGGACACGGGCGUCAUGUGCCCCCCCCCCGACACCUGUCCGGAUAAGCGAUAUGGCAACAGCCUCGCUUUCGAACGGCCUCUCUACCCCUCUCCCGGCCCCUGCGCAUCUUCCUCCAAAAUGUUUGUGUACUUAUGGGGAUACCUGUAUAGUAACUUCUUCCGGUUUUGGCUGAAAUGGAUCUUGAGGCAGCUCACGGGAAAAUGUGAAUUACAGCGUAUCUUUGGUGGUUCAAAGGAAGGUUCACAACGGACGCUAAAGAUAGAGUACUCAUUGGGAUUAUCAAAGAGUAAGGUGUUAAGAAAUGCUGUACAUGUUAGUGAAGCUGAAGUGGAAAAAUGUGUCCUGGGUAUAAUGAAAGAAAAGAAGAUUAAUAUACAGAAGGAUACAGGUUUUAAGACAAGCCUGCAGGUAUGUUUGCUGCAGAUAUCUGGUUAUAAGAAACUUUAUUUGGAGGUGGAAAAUCUGAGGAAAGUUCCAUAUGAUUCAGAUAACGAAGAACAUGAAAAGCAACUAAUUCAGCUUUGGAAUUUGCUGAUGCCUCAUGAAAAUCUGAAGGCUAGAAUCACCAAGCAGUGGUGUGACAUUGGUUUCCAAGGUGAUGAUCCCAAAACAGACUUCAGAGGAAUGGGCAUGCUGGGAUUAGUUAAUCUGGUGUAUUUUAGUAAACAUUACACCAGUGAAGCUCGACAGAUCCUCUCUCAUUCAAAUCAUGCAAAAUUGGGAUAUUCCUAUGCAAUAGUUGGGAUCAAUUUGACAGAAAUGGCUUAUAGUUUACUAAAGAGUGGUGCUUUAAAGUCUCAUCUCUACAACUUGGUUCCUGGAUUGCCACAAAUGGAACACUUCCAUCAGUUUUAUUGUUAUCUGGUUUAUGAGUUUGACAAAUUUUGGUUUGAAGAAGAACCAGAAACUAUUAUGCACUUCAACCAUUAUAGGGAGAAAUUCCAUGACAAAGUUAAAGGACUCCUUCUGGACUAUAAUCUAGUACUAACCUUACAGAAUAUAAAGAAACCAUAGCCUUAUCUGCAGUCUACCCACUUCUGCUCAUAAAAUGGAAUUAUGUAUUCUCAUGGAAUUCUCACACUUACUUCACCAAAAAAUUUGUUUAAUGAUGUCACUUUUUAUACAUAUAUUUUUGAAAAAGCUCAAAUUCAGUUAUGAAAGCUUGGACAAUCAGCCACUGUUUACAGGUCUUAUAUGCUAUUCUCCAAAGGAAAGCUUUUUUUAAAAAAGUCCUGUACCGAAUCGUUUGCCCUCACAACUUUCUUACACCUCUUGGUGCAGGAACAUGAAACAGGUAUUUAUGCUGCAUUUUGUUAUCUUCACUAUGUAACCUAUUACUAAGUUCCUUUUAUACCAUUAACUAUUGAUUAGUUGUCUUUAGGAGGGGAGAGUUAUUUCUCAAGUCCUGUCCCCUUGUUGUUUAUCUGCAUAUAGCUUGUGGUCCAUAAAAAUGUUAAACUUCUCUAUGUAAAGAGGUCCAUGAAGAUGAUGUAACUAUUAUUUGUGACUUGGAAGAGGCGGCUUCAUUUAUUUGUAUUUACACACAAGAACAAACAUUGUUCUGGUUGAAAUGAUCCUCCCUCCAGGAAAUAAGUACCCACAACCUUGUGCCUGGAAGGAACUUUCCUCAGAAAUAAUAACGAAAUAGUGUAAGUCCAAAGUCCCUUUUAACAAGGAGAUCUUUCAUGUCACAUGCUGCCAUAAAUAUUUUCAGCUCUCAAUCCAUCGCUUUUUCAGUUUGUCUGAAAAACUGUAGCCAUCUUUUUUUGUUGUCCCAUUCUCCCUCCCCCCCCUCCCCCAAAUGGUUUCUGAAUGGGGAGUGAUAUCUAGGAGAAUUCCUUAACCUCUUUUUGUAGUUUGUUCAUUAUUUCCCACAAAACUUUGUUGUGGCUGCAAUCCAUGAUUUGUGAAGGUAGCUGGAACUCUUCUUCACUUCAUCCAUACUUCCAACAAAGUAGGGGUGCAACAUUAAUAGGAUAAAAGCAUGUUUCCAGAGUUGGCUAUUCUAGACAAUCCAGGCACUAGGAGUUGGUACCUAUAGCAGUUUGUGAUAAGCAUUGUUUAAAAUGUUAAACAGGCUUGCCUGAACUUAUUUUGUUUUUUAAAGCCUACUAUUUAAAUAAAGUGCCUUCUGCUAAAUUCAAUCACUGUUUAAUUUGAUCCUCCAUUUAACCUGAGCAGAGGUUCAGAAACCUCAGUUCUUUGGGGGCAGAGACUGUAUCUCUCAUAUGCUUGAAUAUCACAUAGUGGGUGCUAUCAUGAUACAAAUACUAAAAAAAAAAAAACCAAAAAAACCCCACAAUGCUUUAUUUUAUCAUCUCUGGAAGUUUUUCUGAAGAAAAGGCCGAUAUUCUGAAUGGGGGAAGGAAAGAAACAAAGGACGAUCCUUGUGAUUUAAAAAAAAAAAAAAAAUUGGAAGAUAUUCAGACCCUACACUCUAAAUAUUAUUGUAUAGGCUGUGAUUUCUAUCAAUCACUCCAGCCCCUAGUUCCUCUUGAUCUACAUGAACGACAUGAUCAGCUGCUUAUAGCAGUCAAUGAUAGUAAAGAGCUUAACUAAAGUAGACAGCAAUUAUAUAGACUUUUGUUCUAAAAUCUGUUACAAAUAGGUGAGGUUUUAAACAUCAUUUGCGCUCCAUCUGCCAGAAGGUGGAGGGAGAUAAAGAUUUAUCUUCAUAUUUACAUUUGUCCAUUACAGUUAUACUUGAAAUGGUGCAGUUAGGGGAAGGAGUUUGGCUGUAAAGGAGCUGAUGCAAUAUAUCCUUUCUGUGCAUACACUACAGUAACUCUUAAUUUGGCAAAAUCUGUUUUUAAAUGUGAUACAUUUUGUCCUGCUAUACUGUGUGCACGCAUUUCUGGAAGCAUGCUGGUAAUACAGUGAUGAUGACUAUAAAAGGUACCUAGAUAGCAGAAUUAACCCUUUCUUCAUUGGAUGUCUGCAAAUAAGUUUUGCUGGUUUCAAAUUUACUUAAUAUAGUGAAAAAUAACUGCUAGUGAUAAAAAAUAUAGAGCUCUAACAAAUGUGGAUUAAAGUAUGAUCUCAUUCAUGAAAGACUUAUUCCAUGUUUCUCACCACAAUAUAAAUACAAAUGAAAAAAUAUGAAGCACUUCCACUUGGAUGAUUAGAAACUCCAGAUCACUUUAAUUCCUUGAUUUUGAAAACCGGCCUCAUCACCAAAUAAACGGUACAUUUGAGGUGGUGUAAGAUUCUCCCCAAAGCAUCCUUACCUUAUUUUUACAAGACUGAUUGUAAUUGCCCUUGUAGCAACUGUUUGAUGCGCUAACACUGUAUCCCAGUUCUUGAAAAUUUACCAGACACCCAUUAGGUGGACAUCUAAACCUACUACAAAAGGUAGAUACAAAAUAUAGGCAGAGGAACACCACCAGCAAGAAGCGUACUUCUUCUGCUACCCCCAGCUGCUGGGAAUUUCAUAAUGGUGACCAUUAAAAUGGUAGUUGAGCACCCAUACUCAAGGUCCCAGGAUUCUUGUCCUGGUUUGGGGCACCAUCUUUUGUUUAGUCUGUGGCUGUUAAGUGUCUUGUAAGUUUAGAAAUUCCCAUAAAUAGUGUUCAGGUUGAGGGUCAGAUCUCUAGGGUUCUGCCUUUCCCCCCCACACCUCCUGGCUGCUAAGGAAUGAGCUCUUCAUGAUUCUGUUUGGCCCCCAGUUUCCAUAUAGUUUCUCCAUCUUAAAUAACUCUAUUGCUUACCUUAUUGCUGCUGCUCAUAGCUUUCCUUAGGAAUAGCAGCAUGAAAUUGAUAGGAUGUUUGAAUUUCACUGAGGAUAAGAACUUGCCGAACAGAAUCAGUGAAAUUGGCCAUACGGUUGUUAAUUUCACUGUGCUGCUGUUUGGCAAAGAUAGAAGCAGCAGCACUAACACAGGAGCUGGAGCCAACUGGCUGCAGAGCUGGCAAUCCAGUUUUGUCAUCCUUACAUUUGGAAGAUUAUUUUUGCAACUGUAAAGGCUAGAAAUGUAAUUAGAAAAAAGACUAAACCUAUAAUUCCACAGAAAUUGGUAUGUUAAGCUCUUUUACUCCCAGGAAGAACUUCCUGCUUGCCAUUGGCAAAAGGGUUUUUCAAACCCUGUCCUAUGCAAUUUCAGACUUCAUAUAGCACAAAAAUCUGAGAUAAGACAUCUUGAGACAGAGCCUAGACCAGGGAUUCUCAAACUUCCUUGCACCGCGACCCCUUCUGCCAACAAAAAUUACUACACAAUCCCAGGAAGGGGUCUGAUGUCUGAGCCUGCCGGAGCCCCACCACCCUGGACAGGAGGCAGGGAGAACAAAGUCCAAGCCCCACUAUCCCAGGCAGGGGCCCUGUAACCUGAGCCCUGCCAUCCAGGGCUGAAGUCGAAGCCCAAACCCCACUCUCUAGGGCUGAAGUCUUUGUGAUUCAGCCUUUGGGGGUGCGGUUUGGGCUUGGGCGCCCAGCAAGUCUAAACACCAGCCCUAGCAACCCCAUUAAAACAGGGUUGUGACCCACGGUUUGAAAACCGCUGGUCUAGACUGAGUUCAAUCAAAGGUUUGUCAUCACUUUUUAUAAUCAAAACCAUGAGCUGAGAAUCAUGACAAAACACAAAUUAAGAAUAAAGCUACCAUCAUUAAACAUGGAAAAGCUAUGUAGUCAAAUGUAUGGAUGUGUUAGGUCACAUGUAAUAAUUGUUUAAACUGAGUGUAUUCUAUAUUUUUCUAGUUCCCAGUGUAUUGUUUCCUGAAUAUUUAAAAACCUAGAAUUUGUAUGUAGUUUUGUAAUAAGUACAUAUUUUGCAUGUAGCAGGUUAAUUGUAUGUAUUGGUAACUAGUUAGGCUAGAGUGUAAAAACAGAGCAAAAACUGUGUGUGGGGUGGAUAUUUGCUAGAGGGAAAAUUGUCUUGCAAAGUCUAGUUAACAAGAUUUUAUAUUAACUAUUGAAUUCAUACUAUGAAACGACAAUCCUAAUUUAACAGAUGAUAUAGACUGGAACUCUGCAAAUGACCUGUUUAACUGGAUGUAGUCAGUUUGCAUAGCAUUGAAACUAAUUGUGAAUACUUGGUUACAAUGCGUCCCUAAAAUUAAAAUUUUGGUUAAAGUUCCUGUUGCUUUUAUAAGACUGUUUAUUAGCUACACCUCAAGUUUUGCUAUAUGUAUUUGACCAUUCUUAGAAAUAUGAUAACACAAAAUAAUUUUUCUAACUUUUCACCCUUACAGCAUAUUUAAGGGACAUUGUCAAGUAAAGUUUGGCCUUAAAGUAACACUUUGCAAAAAGCGAAUUUUUUUCAAAUGAAAUUUAAGACUAACACAAGUGCUUGUAUUUUUAAAUCUUCCAUAGAACCUAUUUAACAGACUUGCCACUACAUUUUUUUAAACAUGGUGUUACUCCAUGAGAAAAUUAAACUGAAGUUAACUAGAAGCUCACCAACAAAGAAAGGUGAAAAAUCUUCUUUGUAUGGGGUAAGAAAUUAAAAAAUAAACAAUUUAAUUGGGGAAGAGAUGGGGGGAAGACACACAUGAGCUAUUUUAAGUCUGCUUUAAUAGCCUAAGGUGAUGGUAACACUAAGGAUAUUUAUUUUUACAAGUGCAUUUUAAGGUUGCUUAUUCCACUUAAAAUGACAGUGUUGAAAGAUGGGAUCAGUUGCAGAACAUUUGUGGAUACUUACCGUUUUAAACUGGAAUUGCUAGGUAGAAAAAUGAAGACAUACCUUAAUGAAAAAAGUUUCUAUGCUACUGCUGUUUCUGAUAAACCAAUAUGGAGGAUCAUUGGGAUGUACACUGCUCAAGCAUGCUAGAGGAACAAGCUAAUGUAAUAUUUCCAUGCACUGGCAUGCUUGGUUUUCAGUCUGAACAAAUGAGCAGUUCUCAAUUCUUCAUAUUACUCCAGCUCUUGCCUAAUUGAAGAAGUCUGUUUUCAAUAAAUGUUCUAUAAAACAUCAGUAUAAACUUUUGUUAAGAUGUGUUUUGAUGAGAACGUUUUCUGUUUAAGUUGGAGGAGGUUUGCAUCCUGUACCACUGAAAAUAUUGUUAAUGUGUGAUGAAAAUGUAGUUCUUUUUUCACAUCAUAGUCACAUUCUUAUGGUUCUAUAAUAUAGCCUGAAAUGGCAUUUCACGUCCUGCCAAUUUAUGGCGCUGUCUAUUACUGGAAGCUUCUCUACUGUGCAAUGAGAUUACUCUGUACUAAUAGAAAUGUCAACAUUUGCCCCAGUAUACAGCAAUAAUGUAAACUGUGAUGUCAGUAUGUUGGACACAAGUGUUAGAAUGAUAAUAAAUAAAGAACAAAACCUCUAAACA